UCUGCGGAGAAGUUUGCGGCGGCGGCGGCGACGGGAGCGAGUUGAGUGGAGGGAGGUGCGCCAAGUCGGUAUGCAACGUCAGACGGGAGCCUGAACUCGCACAACACGUCUGCCACGUCAAGUAACGCGCUGUAAUCGAAACGACACGACUCGGAUCGAUAUGGUUGAAUAUAGUGGGUUCUUGUAAACGAACACAUCAGCAAAUACAAGUAUUUGAGGAUAAGGGCGACUCGGAUACCAGGGCGGGGCGAGCCUAGCCCGUCCCGGGGAGUUGGGCCCCUUCGCCGGCAGGGGGAAUCAGGCGAGGCGGGGUCGGCGGCGGAAACCCCGGAACGGGCCUGCUCCAUGAGCGCCGCUCGGGACGAGGUGGCCGUGCUGGAGGCCAUCUACUGCGCAGGAGGCGAGCUGGAGGUGCGAGAACGUUCAGGUGAUUUAAACACCGUGUGCUUAUAUACACAGCAUGUAAAGUAUACGGCAUUGGAGCACAAGAUAUGAAUAAGGGCCACUGCCCGAAACGUCGCCGAUUCCACAGUUUUGACUGCGGACGUGGCCGUGGGUGAUUUAAACUUCUCGUGGCUCGUUUACAGCAACUGGUCAUCGAGCGCAAGUCACGCAGACAGACAAGAAGACAACCCGCCCAUGCAUCUGUCUCCACAGAAUGCUCACGAAUCAUUUAAACGCCCCUCUGCGAGUGAAUCAUUUGGACAACGUUGAUUCAAUUCAAGCUGAACUCACGACUGGUUUCGAUAUUCACACUCUCAGCAGAAAUAGCUUUCCUCGAAUCAGUGCUGGCGAUCCGCCAAAUGUUAAAGGCAAAGUCCCCUUUUUUAAGAUAUGGGUCCAAGUUCGACACAAAAUUAUAUACCGUAUAAUACAUAACUCUUAAAACAUCAUCGUGUAGAAUAUAAAUACUGUACGGUACUGUAUUAUAAAGCGAAAAAAUACCAAAGGAACCUCCGGAGAUCGCUAGAUGUCGCUAGUGGGAUAUUUAACAAGGACGGGGUCAUGCGUCAUGGGACUUCCUUUGCCUUUAAACAAAAUAUAAGAAUAGGGGUUUCCCCUUUUUUCUGGCAAAACUAAAAACUAUUUUUACAAAGAGUAUUGUAAAGCAUUAAACAGUAAACGAUGUAACGAGGCGAAGUUAAUACGCAUUAAAUACACGAUCGUAGUUUAAACAAAGCUGGAAUCAUGUCACGAACAAAAGCGAAAUUCCAUAUAUCGCGCCCUCUUCUUCCCAUUAAUUUGGAGAUGCGUUCCUACGGAAAACAUUUCGGCCCAAGACAAUAAAAUCACACUUAGGAAUGUAGAAAACAUUUUCAAGCAUAUCUUUUGGGUAAAAAUGGAUAUUUUAUGAUAAAAUAAUACUGUACUCAUGAGAAGCUGUGGUCGUCGCCGUGUGAGGCGGUGGUGCAGCGCCAUGUGGCAUUGGGGUUAUCUGUCUCACCCUGGGAUUCUUCUUCUGCUUCAGCCUCUGUUACCAACGGAGAAGCACACAUUGUCGUGGUUACUUCACUCAUUCGUGAACUUUUUGCAAAAUAAUGCAUCCAAACAUAGCUUGCCUUUUGAAAACCUCUUCUCCUUGCAGCGUUCCUUGUAUAGCAAUUGAUCAUAUCCUUAACUCCUCUUCAAACCUGAAGCCCACAUUCACGAUUGACACCAUUAUCCGUAAGGAUUUGCAAACAUGUCUCAAUAUGAAAAGGCUUCAGACAAUUGCUUUGGAGUCACCUGACGUGGGGUGGGUGCACCGUAUUCACCCUGUGUGUGUGACAGGUAAUUACAGGACUCUGUCAAGCCACCCCUGGAUGAAGGCAUCCCCGUGCCCUUUUGGUCGCGGGGCUUCUUUGACCAUGCUUCACUGCGCUGUUACAAAUGGGAUAACAUUGGCGCUCAACAUUUGCUGCGAGUCAAGAGGUGUACGGUACCCACUGCGCACCCUCAUCCGCCUGCCGCCUGGCUACCCAACGCAACAACACCUGGACGUGGUGUCGUUGCAUGUGGACGGAGCGGCGAGCCCGGCAGUGCUGACGAGGGAGCAGUGCAGGACUCUUCUGCACAACAUCCGCCAGCAAGCCUUCGCCCUCCCGCCACAGCCGGCCGUGCAUGACCUAGCCUUGUGGCUACAGCAGAAUUUUGAGACGUUGCUUCACGUCGGAGGGGUCACGAUAACAGCAGAGCAAGAGCAAUAUGCCAAACAUCUUUGCUCAGAAGCUGCAUCACCUGGGACUAAAGAUGGAAACAUAUCCGCGAAGGAUUUGGAAGUGAAGGGGACGGUUGCCCUGUUGCGUCUGGAUCACAUGCGAGCACGGGCCCGGUACACAAGGACCAUCGAGGGUUGGGUGGCCAAGUUGGGCCUCAUGGGACGCCUGCUCUUCUACAACAAAUUAAUCCUUGUCCUGCUGCAGGGAAGCCUCUGCAGUAUUCGAGAGUAUAUUGUGCUGCAGAAAACAAGCAAGGUAGAUGUAGACUCCAGUGGGAAGAGAUGCAAAGAGAAGAUGAUGAGUGUGCUUUGGGAGGGUACCAUGUCUACACGGCAAUACAGGUUCAGUGAUUUCUGCGUGCUGGAGAUUAGCAGUACAAAUGAGCUGGGGAAAGUGUUUGAAGAGGCUCAGCUUGGCGAAUUAUACCACCAGUGUGUGGUGCCGACCCUGCCUUGAUCUGCCGCAAGAUUGCACAGUGCUUCCACGUCGCGACAGCGCCCAGUCCAUUAGUAGCCUUUUAUCUUACACCACCUAACAACUAUUUCCAGAGUAAGUCUGUGAUGUAAAUAUGUUUAUAUAUGUAAUGCAACCAUGUUGGAUGGGCUAUAAUGGAUACAUGUGACAUCAGUGUAAACAUCAAAGUUUUGUUUUGUUUACAUUUCGUUUUUUUUGCUGCUUUGGAAAAUAUAAAUUAACAGUCUUAAAUAAACAUGUUGGGGAAAAAGAAGGCCAUGGUCAUGGAAAUGUACACCACUUUAACAAAAUUUCCAUUUUAUUUGGGUAAGCGUGUCUAAUGUUACCACUUUGCAUCUUCACGCGAGUAAAUGGUCAGCCAUUUCACGGAUAAUUUGAGAUUUACCUGGAUGACCACAUUUUUCAGAUACGUUUAAUCUUUUUUUAUUUAGAUUACUUAUUACAACUGGCAGAAUUUUACGACUAAUUCUUAAUUAGUUUAUUUUAAAUAGAGAAAACUAUAUUAUUUGGGUCUUUUGGUAAAGCCACGUAGAUAGAAAAACCCAAAGAAUAUGAAUUCUUGCAGUCAAGAAAGCUUUAAGUCAAGAGUAAACUAUGUUAUAGAUGUUGCUCCUGCAGAUAUACAUUUUGUUAUGAAAUUAUUUUAACGGUUAUCCUUUGUGCAAUAUGCCUAUUCCACAGAUUGAUAUGAGAUGUAGUAUUCUACAUAUGCCUUCCCACUUCCACUGUUAAAACAAUUACAUAUUUUAAAUUGCCAUGAUUGGGCGCAUCUAUGCACAUCACGCACCACUGAUCAAAUAAAAUGCUGGUACA